CCAGAGAAGAGAGGCUUAAGCGCUGAAACAACAGCUGAAAUUCCUCUAUAGAGUCAAAUGACAAAUCAUAACAAAUUGAAAAUAAAGCCAACAAGAAGUUGGCCAACAAAACGACUAAUUUAGUCUGCAAAUGAGCAGUCAAGUGAACGGUUUUUAAAAACGUCAACGCAUUGUUUCAAAUUUCCUAAAUAGUUGUUGGAAAAACCAACAUUUUUUUUGUAAAACAGAAAAGAAAAAUUAAGAAAAAAAAAAAAUUUCAACACUGUGGCAGAUAACUAUUGUUUCAAAAUUGGAUUACUAAACCUAUAAGACAACAUUUUCCUUUCUAUAAUUUUUCAUCUUUUAUAUAUAUUUUAAGGUUUCCGUGAAUUAUUUAAUUUGAAUAGAAGGGAUUGUCAACAAUGAAGAAUGUUAAACGAUGGAUGUUAAUAACUGCAGCUUUUUUAGUUUUAGUCAUAGUCAAUGUUGACGCUGUAGCACCAUUUAAAAAAGUUUCCAUUGCCACUACACCAAAAACAAUAUCGACAUCACCAUCAUCAAAUGCAGAUGCAGCUGCUGCAACAGCGGAAGGUGAAGGUGAACCGGCGGCUGAGGCAAAGGAAGAAAAGCACGAACAUGCUGCCACCAAUACCACCACGAAAGACUCUAAAUUGACUGGUAUACCACAAAUCGAUUAUAUCUGGGAUCCAAAUUUACCGCGUGAAUUGAGAGGUUAUAAUCUAUCAAGUUAUCCAUUUUUAUCAACAACACCACCCGAUGAUGAGAUCCACUUUAAAUGUGAUGGUUUGCAUGAUGGUUUCUAUGCCUCCAUAGAAUAUAAAUGUCAGGUUUAUCAUCAUUGUGUUUAUGGCAUACGUCACGACUUUUUAUGCGCCAACUUUACAGCUUUUGAUCAGAGAACAUUUAUCUGUCAUUUUGUAUCCGAUGUCGAUUGUGAGGGUUCAAUGAAAUUUUGGAAUAGAAACGAUGACUUAUAUAUGGCCACUACCACCACCUCAACAACGACUACAACCACAGAGCCACCACCAACACAACGCCGACGUCCUGUAAGACCUUUAAGACCACUCAGAAGACCCUCGAAUCGUAGACCCAUUGAUGAUUACUACUAUGAAGAGGAUGAAUAUGAUGAGGAUUACUAUGAGGAGCGUGCCAAUAGAAGACGUAAACAGAGACCACGUCAUCGUAAACCAGUGGUAGCUGAGUAUGAUGAGGAAUAUGAAGAUGAGAAACGUUCUUUUGCCGAUGAGAAACCAAGACGUUCCAAUGGUCGUGAUCGAGUUCGUGAUGAAGCGGAACCUGAAGACGAUUACGAUACCGAUCGUCGCAGUUUUGAGAAACCCAAGUCACGCGGUAAGGCAACAACACCUGCUGAUAAACGUAAAUUAAAUGGUCGCAAGCCAGGAACCUUUGCUGGCCGUGCUAGUGCCGAUGAAAGGCGUAGUUUAAGUGAUGAUCGUCCCCUAACGGGUCGUCGUAAAGCAGCUGCACCCGCUGUCGCUGAUGAGCCAGUUGAACCUGUCGAAACACCACGUCGUUCUAACGGUCGCAGACGUAUUAAUGAGAAACGUUCUACAACUGCAUCACCAGCCAGUGAUUCCGAUGAUUUAGAUGACUAUGAAAAGCCUCAAUCUCAAAUACCCGAUCAGGAAGAAGCUGCUGCCGAUGAAGAUGCUCCUCCUAAAAUCAAAACAACUCCUAAGCCAUUGGAAGAAUUUGUAACACCUAAAGCAGCCCCUUCUUCAGUUUAUUCUCGUCCCAGAGCUCCUCCUCGCAUUGCUAGACCAGUACCUGUCAGUGCCAAGAAUAAAUUCAGUUAUCCCGUGCAGAGAACAGCCACUACAUCGGCUCCUCCUGCCGGCGAUCAUGCUGAGGAUGAAGAAUACUAUGAAGAAGAGGAUUACGAUGACACUCGUGCUCAUCGUGGCCACAGCAAAAAACGUGUUGUUGAGGAAGCCACCGAAGAAGAAGAAGAAGUUCCUGUACCUAAAAGAGGUAUUUUGGGACGCAAACCUACCAGAACUCUUAGAAAACCAGUAACAGAGAAAAAAUCACUGCCCGUCGAUGAGGAAGAAGAUUAUGAUGCCGAUGAACGCUACUCACGACGUGGCAGUAGUCGCAGAAGAAAUCCUUUAACAGGUCGCACUCGCGGUCGUGCUCCUGUACAUGACGAUGUCGACUUUGUCGAUGACGAUUAUGAUGAGCGUCCUUCUAAGCGCACCAGACCCGGUGCACGCAAAGGUGCCAAAAAACCCCGUCUACCCGAACCAUCCGAAGAGGUCGACACGGAAGAAGUUGAACCAGAGGUAGAACAUAAACCUAUAAGGAGUCGCGGUGGUGCUUCAGUUGCCGGCAGACGCAAGCCCAUACCCAGCAUACCAAGUCGCUCUCGAAGCCCAUCAGCUCAAGCAUUAGUCAAUAGCGAUGAAGUCGAUCCAGAUAUAGCAGAGGAAGCAGAAGAUGAUACCCCUGCUGUAGCCAGUAAAAAUAGUUUACCCACCAGCCGUCCAGCUUCGGUACGUGUAGUCAAACGACCAUUUUUACCAUCACGUGGUGGCAGCCCAUAUUUACCAAGAGGUCUACAACCGGUAGGCGUCGCUCAUAAAUCACACGAAUCUCAUACCACUGACAGUAGUAUGAUUGAUAUGUUCUCUACCAACUCCGGUGUACAUCUUCUUGAACAUGGUGCUCCAUUGUUACGUGACUCUGGGUCACGUACCACACUGCCACCACGUAGUGCUUUGCCUGUAUCGCAACCACGACCAGAAACGCAACCAUCUAGUAAAGCUACAUUGGAUGAGCUCUACGAAAAUGAUUACGACGUUACGCUUAAUGAUGCUUUAAAUCCAACGCUUAAACCGCUUUCGCCGCAUCAAUCAACCCACUAUCAUCAACAUCAUGAAAAUAACAAUAACAACCAUAUCCGCCGGCGUACGAUCGUCUCGCCGCCAGCCCCGCAAACAAGUCGCAGCGACUACAGAACCAACAUCGGUUCAAGAAUAGCACCAAAUUAUUACGAUGAUUAUGAUUACUAAGUAAAUUUUAACCGGCUGUUGUCAACUUAAACCGGGUAACCGGAUAAACAUUGUUUAUUUUCAAAAAGAAACAAUGGAAAGCGCAAAAAACUAAAGCACACUAAAAUCUCCUUCCCAACUGUAAAUAAACCUGCAAUGAAAAAAAAAACAACAAAUAUAUAACUAAACUUGCUGCUUUCUUAAAUCACUUGGUGUACAGGACGCAAAAAAAAACUUAAAAAAGAAAAAUUCCUUAAUAAAUUGCAGCAAAGAAUUUAUCAUAAAUUAAACGUAGUGUGCUCAAUCAUCAUACAUUUAGUUGUUUUUUAUUAAUUGUAGUAUUUUUUAAAUUAAGUUUAUUAAUCUCUUUUAAUUUUACAUAAAAAACAAAUACUCAAUUUUUCGUGAUAGUAAAUGACAAAAAGGACAUAAUUAUAUUUGUCUUAUAAACAAAUAAAAAAUGAAAAUAAUUA